GAAACUAAAUUUAAUGUGACACGGAGUUUGCUGAUUUUUUUGCAAUUUGUUGCCACGUAAGUUUUCUAAUUAAAUUUAGUGUUCAAUUAACGAUCUCAUCAUAAAUUUGUGAAUUUAAUUAGAUGGUUUAGAUGCUGUUAAAGAGUGAUCAAGAAAUUGGGUGCUCAAAUUUUUCAUAUGGUAAAGGCAACUGUGCCUUGACAUCCUCCUCACUGCAAUCAUCAAUUGCUCCUAGAAUCAUGAGAAAUUCAUCAUUAAUUAACUCAACAAUUGUCCGGGCUAUCCUCAUGGUCCUUAUUCUGAGUUCCCUAAUACUCAAUGUUGACAGUAUUCGUUUCCAGCUGGAACCAAACACGAGGAGAUGCCUUAAGGAAGAGAUGCGGAAAGAUGUCUUGGUGUCCGGCGAAUACGAUCUUUCCGAGGGUGUCGGAGUUCGAACUGAUUUGCAAGUAUUAGAUAGCAAAGGACACGCUGCUCUCAACCGUGAAUCGAUCGACAAAGGAAAGUUUGUUAUCACUGCCGAUGAAGAUGAUAUCUACGACAUUUGUUUUGUUUCUUACCUAAGUCCGGGUCACCAAUCUGGCCCACGAGAGGUUCACCUAGAGAUGAAACAUGGUGUGGAAGCAAAGAGCUAUGAUGAGCUUGCUCACAUUGGAAAACUUAAGCCUCUUGAAAUGGAAUUGACAAAACUGGAAGAUUUAUCUGCAUCGAUUGUGACAGAUUUUGAACACAUGAAAAAACGUGAAGAAGAGAUGCGAGAUACCAACGAAUCUACCAACACCCGAGUGCUUUAUCUCAGCAUUUUCUCAAUGUUUUGUUUAUUAGGCCUGGCUACAUGGCAAGUUUUGUACCUUAGGAAGUUUUUCAAGACUAAGAAAUUAAUCGAUUAGGAGAUAAAUAAAUGGAAGAGAUUUGAUUAAAUAAAGAAAUUUUUUAUAGAAACAUUCUUCUUUCCGUUAGAUUCAAGAUCUUUUAAUGGUGUUCUCAAAGCAACAAUGUUGUGGUCUUUUCUUUUUUAUUAUAAUUAAAAGUUUAAAUUCAAUUAUUA